CUCGAGCAACCCAACCAACGAAAAAUUGCCGCGACCAUCAGCUUGUCCAUUACUUGGGCCGGCAACCACCUCCAGAUCCGCCCACGCUUUCCCCUCGCCGGAGACGGAGAAGAAGCCAGCUGUCGCCGGCGGCGAGGAGAUCGGAUGGGGGCGGUGGUGACGGCGGUGAUAGCCAUCGCGGCGGUGGUGCUGGGCUGGAUCACCAUCGAGAUGGCCUGCAAGCCCUGCCUCGACUCCGGCCGCCGCGCCAUGGACCGCGCCCUCGACCCCAACUACGACCCCGACGAGCCCACCGCCGCCGGCGCCGCCGCCAACGAGCCUCUCCUCGCGGACCUCUCCGCCGCCUCCGCCGCCGCGCUGGCCAAGACCAUCUGAUCCCCCCGCCGCCGCUGCCUUCAGUCGUCUUCCGUGUGUGUGCCUUCUUGUCUGUUCAUGUGGUUCUUGGCUAAGAAAUAUGACAGAUUCCUUGCUUUCUAUGUGAGCUAAUUUCUGUGAGAUGAGAUGUUAUCUUGGCAAUCUAUAAUACAGUUAUGAUUCAGAGUUUCAGACACAUGUUGAUGUUUCUCUGCAACGAGUGAGACUGUGACCUUCAUUUCCACAAUCUGAGAUAUUUCUGUUCUGUAA